AUGAAUCAAGACCGAGAAUCAGAUAUAGAAAACUCAAGAUUACUAUCAAAUCAAAAUCAAGAAGAACUAGAUCAAGAAGAGGAAGCAGACGAAGAAGAAGGACAAAUCUCAAGAAUCUUUCAAAGAGACAUCAAUCCAUUCGAAUCUAAUUUGAUUAUUUUAAGUUUGAUUUGUUUAUGUUUAGGUUCGAUUGGAUUUGGUUUGUUUGCUGGUGAAGUUUCAAAAUUAAACGAAUUUAAAAAAUCAACUCAUCGUCAUCAUGAUAAUGAAGGUCAAAGGAAUCAAACUCAUACGAUUGUGGUGACUAAGACUGUAACAGCUCCGUUUGGAAAUCCUACUGAUUCGCCUCCUUGGAAUCCUAAAGAUAUUUGUUUUAGUGAUUCUUGUAUUGAUGCGGCUGGUGAAUUAAGAAAAGGGAUUGAUUGGGAUGCAAAGCCUUGCGAAGAUUUUAAUCAAUUUACAAGUUGA